AUGCCUCCAUUCCCCCUAUUAUUCCACUCUCCUGAUAAUUGGACCUCGAACCAUCUUGAGACCUUGAGAAUCGAACGGCAUUUUAACGCCAGUCUCGACGAAAUCAUUGGAGUUGAUCACAUUCCUAAGGAUGGAGAUGAAGAAUUUGAAUCGCUCGUCACGGAGUUCGCCGAACCAACAGAAAACGAGUUAAAGAAUCUUCGUGGCACAGCACGAGUCCGAUACAGACGCAACAUCUUCUUACCAGUUUUCAAACAUCUUUGCGAGAUGCUCAAUUCCGAUGUUUUCUUUGAUGCGUCCAGGCAAGCUGUGCUGAGCUUCGUUGAGAUCAUUUUGCGCCGCGUGCAUCUGGACAAGCCUAUACAGGUCUCAUGUAUCCAAACCAUAUCGUUUGAAGUGGCAGGUAUGCGGGGUGGCCUCGAGUGUCAAGGGGGGCUGCUCGAGUCUUCUAUGCCACAAUCUCCGCUGGCAGUGUUUUCAGUCUGUCUCGGUCCUUCCUAA